CCAAUACUAAAAAAUGGUAUUAAAGCUGUUCUUCGAUGCGAUGUCACAACCAAGCCGUUCAGUGAUGCUUCUACUUAAAUGCAACAGUAUCGCAUAUACUCCCAAGUUUGUCAAUGUUGCAAAAGGUGAGCAAUUUUCAGAUGAAUUUAAAAGAAUUAAUCCCACUGCCAAAGUUCCCGCUAUUCAAGAUAAUGAUUUUACUUUGUUUGAAAGUGAGGCCAUUUUGAAGUAUUUAUGUGCGACACAAUCUCUUCCUGAUCAUUGGUAUCCAAAAGAUCAAAAAGCACGAUCAAAAAUUGAUGAAUAUCUAGCAUGGCAUCAUACUGCAUUAAGAAUGGGGGCAGCUAUGACAUUCAGACAUGCGAUUUUAAUACCUCGUUUAACUGGAAAGCCUCCUAAAGAUGCCAGUAAAUAUAUUAAAUUGUUAAAAUCGUCAUUAGAUUUGUUCGAAAAUUAUUUUAUAUGUGGUACUAAAUUUAUAUCAAGUAAUGAAAUCACAAUAGCUGAUUUAAUGGCAGUGACAGAACUUUCACAACUUGAGGUGAUGGGUGAGAAUGCUCCCCCUCUCUCACCAAAAGUGGAAGAAUGGAAGAAACGAUGUAUUAAUGCAACUGAACCUCAUUAUAGUGAAGUUCAUCAAGUAAUGUACAAGGUACAAAAGGCCGUUGCAUCAUCAAAGUUAUAAUAUGCAUACAUAGUGUCUUAUUGACAAUCUGCAUCAAUGCCAUACAUUUUUAGUCUUACCUUUUUAAAUUUUUUUUUUAGUUUUCUGAUAAAAGAUUUUGUAUGUUAACAUAAGACUGAUUUUUUUUCCUUUUACUUUGUC